AUGGAAAGCGACGAUAGAAGUAUAGAAGUUUAUGACCAGAUUCAUAUUCCAUUAUCGAUAACAAUAUGUUUAUUUGGUGCGAUUUCCAAUGUUUUCAAUAUAAUUGUUCUAACAAGAAAAAAUAUGCGCACGCCAGUAAACAUUCUUCUGGCAGGUCUUUCAAUUUCACAGUGGUUAUUAGCACUUAGUUAUCUUGGAUUAAUCACUAUCGAAUUGUAUAGAUUACAAUGUUACCGAUUACCUUGGACAUAUCCAUUCACCUGGUACCGAUUGAUCAAUGUCAAUUGUAAUGUAAUUUUUCACACUGUAGCUUUUGCGCAUACACUAGCAAUUGCUGUAUUUCGAUACACAGCACUCAAAUGGCCUGUAGCGAUUCGAGUACAUUUGUAUAGGACAGAACUGGCAAUUACAGCGACAUGUUCUAUUUGGAUUAUUGUUCCCAUAAUUUGUUCACCAAUUUUUUUCACAUCGGAGGUCGCUAAAUUAGAUUUUAAUUAUAUGAACUGUUCUAUCAGUGUAAUGUAUGAUUUGAACUAUUCGAAUAAUACCGCUUUAUUAAAAUUUGUUUUUUGGAUGUUUGGCAUUGUUAUGAAAUUAAUACCAUCAAUGGUGCUAGCUGUUCUUGUUAUUGGUUUAAUAAGAUCUUUGCAUAGUAUCGAUAAGCGACGGAACCAAUUAUCAUCGGGAAGGCUAGUUGAAAAUAAUGUCUCGAUGAAAACAAAACGAAUAUAUGUGUCUACAACGAAAUUAACUAGAAUGCUUGUUAUCAUUUUGUUCCUAUGUAUACUCGUUGAAUUUCCGCAUGGUGUCCUUAAUUUGUGUACAGGAAUAUAUGGUGCAAGUUUCGGUGUGAGCGUCUACGAUCAUCUGGGUUCAUUCAUGGAAAUGCUUACUUUAUUAUAUAGUUCCAUUAGCUUUAUAUUAUAUUGCUUAAUGUCUACGGAUUAUUUGCAUGCAUUUCGAUCACUUUUUUGCUCUUGUACCAAAUUUACUGUGAGACAUUCAUCCUCCACUCAUUUACAAAUUUUAUUCAGGCGUUCGUUCAAUCGUGAUAAAAGCAGUGUUUGCAUUAAUCAAGAUAAAUUUUUGCCAGAUCAUUCCGAUUAUCAACUUUGA